AUGGCAGGACCUGGGGGUUGGAGGGACAAGGAGGUGACAGAUCUGGGCCACUUACCGGACCCAACUGGAAUAUUCUCACUAGAUAAAGCCAUUGGUCUUGGUACUUACGGGAGAAUCUAUUUGGGACUCCAUGAAAAGACCGGUUCGUUAACGGCUGUUAAAGUAAUGAAUGCUCGGAAGACUCCUUUGCCUGAAAUAGGAAGGCGGGUGAGAGUGAAUAAAUAUCAAAAGUCUGUUGGAUGGAGAUACAGUGAUGAAGAAGAGGAUCUCAGGACCGAGCUCAAUCUGCUGAGGAAGUACUCUUUCCACAAAAACAUUGUGUCCUUCUAUGGUGCGUUUUUCAAGCUGAGUCCCCCUGGCUAUAGACAUCAACUUUGGAUUGUGAUGGAGUUAUGUGCAGCAGGCUCAGUCACUGAUGUGGUGAGGAUGACAAGAAAUCAGAGUUUAAAAGAAGACUGGAUUGCUUAUAUCUGUCGAGAAAUUCUUCAGGGCUUAGCUCACCUUCACGCACACCGAGUAAUUCACCGGGACAUCAAAGGCCAAAAUGUGCUGCUGACUCAUAAUGCUGAAGUAAAAUUAGUGGAUUUUGGAGUGAGUGCCCAAGUGAGCAGAACAAAUGGAAGGAGAAAUAGCUUCAUUGGUACACCAUACUGGAUGGCCCCUGAGGUGAUUAAUUGUGAUGAGGACCCAAGACGCUCCUAUGAUUACAGAAGUGAUGUGUGGUCUGUGGGAAUCACUGCUAUUGAAAUGGCUGAAGGGGCUCCUCCUCUGUGUAAUCUUCAACCCCUGGAAGCCCUUUUCAUUAUUCUACGGGAAUCUGCUCCCACAGUCAAAUCCAGUGGAUGGUCCCGUAAGUUCCACAAUUUCAUGGAAAAGUGCAUGAUAAAAAAUUUCCUAUUUCGUCCUACAUCUGGAAAUAUGCUUCAUCACCCAUUUGUUGAGAAUAUUAAAAAUGAACGGCACACUGUGGAGUCAUUGACAAAACAUCUUACUGGAAUCAUUAAAAAGAGACAGAAGAAAGACAUACCUCUGGUCUUCGAAAGAGAAGCAGCUAUUGAGGAACAGUACGCCACAAGGAGAUUCAGAGGACCUUCUUGCACUCAUGAACUCCUGAGAAUGCCAAAUAGCAGCAGAUGCAGACCACUUAGAAUCCCGCAUGGAGAACCCCCUCAGCCAAGGUGGUUACCUGAUGAAGAAGAGCCACGGUUCCAAGCACUUCAGCAGCUGCAGGGGGCAGCCAGGGGGUUCCUGCCUCUCCGUGCUGAGGACAAUACACCCAGGCCUUUACAGAAGCAGGCUCAGGCACCGCAGCGCCUCCUACAUGUGGCAGCUCAGGUGUUCAGGCCAUUACAGGCUCAGGUUAAAGCUAAGGCAUCCCCACCAGUAUUCAAGCGGAUUCAAGCACCUCCCCGACUAAAGAAAGCAGCCCGGGUGCUCAUGCCACUCCCUACUGAGGAUAAAGAACCAGAGAUGCAGGCUCCUGUACCCAAUGAACAGCAGUCUGAGGCCUUAGAAGCAGGACAGCUUAAAGAUUUGGACCAGGUGCCAGAAGAAUUUCCGGGGCAAGAUAGAGCACCUGAACAGCAGAGGCAGGGCCAGGCUGCUGAACAACAGCAGAGGCAGGAUCCACUUCCUGAGCAGAAUCCGGAGCAGAAUAGGGCACCUGAGCAGCCAGAGGUGCAAGAACAGGCUGUUGAGCCUCCCCAAGCUGAGAUUGAGGAAAAGGAACCUGAGGUACUCCAAGUACAUGCCCAGGUGUUCCUGCCUUUAUUGUCACAGAACCAUCAUGUGCUCUUGCCUCUUCACUUGGACACCCAAGUGCUAAUUCCGGUGGGGGAACAAAAUGAAGAGUCACCUCCGGCACAGGCCUGGGCUCUAGAGGCCUCACAGGCUAUUGGUGCAGUUCAAGCACUGAUAGAGGGACUGUCAAGGGACUUGCUUCAAGCACCAAAUGCAUUUAUCUCAAAACCACUGGGUCCACUGCAAAUCUUGCUGGAAAAUUUGUCUUCAGAUGCGUUUUACACUCAACCAGAACAGACACGGAAGAAAAAAUCCAAAGUUGCUAGUCUAAAGCAAGCACUGGUGAAAAGAUUAUCACCCAAGAGGUUCAGGGCAAAGUCCUUAUGGAGAAUUGAGGAAUUUGAACUUUCAGAUGUAGAAGCCAGCAGGAGACGGCGCCAGCGUAGAUGGGAGGACAUCUUCAAUCAGCAUGAAGAGGAAUUGAGACAGGUUGAAAAUGAUAAAGAAGAUGACUCAUCAGACAAUGAUGAAGUGUUUCAUUCAAUUCAGGCUGAAGUCCAAAUAGAACCAUACGUUCCAAAUCCUACAGGAAAUGAGGUCCAAGAGAGAUCUGCUUCUAUUCCUUGCAACCGGAAUCGUACACACCGUGUGAAAUUUUCUUCAAGUGUCUCUCAGCAUCCUCUUUUCGAAGAAGUUCAGCAGCCCAUGGACGUCAGACAGAGGAGUUCCCUAUAUCCUCAGAAUUACCAAGCAGCAUCAGAGUCAUCUUCUGAGGAGGAGAGUCCUGUGACUAGGAGGAAGUCCCAGUCAUCGCCGCCUUACUCUACUAUUGAUCAGAAGUUACUGAUUGAUAUCCAUGUUCCAGAUGGAUUUAAAGUGGGGAAAAUAUCACCCCCUGUAUACUUGACAAAUGAAUGGGUAGGCUGUAAUGCACACUCUGAAAUCUUCUGGGAUGACUGGUUAAUUCCUGCACCUGUCGUUCAGCCACCUGAAGAAGAUGGUGAUUAUGUUGAACUCUAUGAUGCUGGUGCUAAUACUGAUGGUGAUGAGGAAGCUUCUAAUGAUGCUUAUGAAGAUACCUAUGACCAUUUCAAUGGCCGUGAUGACUUGAAUAACCAGGUUGAUCAGGCAAAUGUCUGUAAAGCCCGUGGUGCUGGCUGUGAUGCUGGGUCUGUUCGUGGCAUAGAUGAUAAUUUUGAUGCUGCUACCAAUGGGCCAAGAGCAAGCUAUCGCAGAGGGGGAAUAUUGAAGCACACUGGUAGAGGUAAUGUACAACAGGGGGCUUUCAGACCCUAUAGAAACAAUGGAGCCAAAAGUUACCGUGGCGACUCUGCUGGGGAAGCGAGUGCAGCCUUUAGAAGCCAGGAUGGACAUGGAGCCCAUGGAGGAAACAGAUAUAGAGGAGCCAAUGGAAGCAGUGAAGAGCAUGGAGCAUUUGGAUUUGACGAAGAAAUUCACUCACAGAGGGAUGGUGCAGGACUGGAUCAACAUAUAUUUCAGGAUUUUGAACAUGUACAGGAGGAAUCAGAUGUUGGAACUGAGACCUCAGACUCAAUUGUCUUGGAUAACGCAUCCCUCACACUUGAUGGUGAAAAUCCCAAUGAUAUAUCAGAGUCAGCAGCAACAGUGGGUUUUCCUAUCGUCCACUCAUCUUCCAGAGAGUCUGCUUCUGCUUCUGAUACCGACAUUGCGAGUGACACCUCAUAUAACAAACCACUAAUCCAUGUGUAUGAAAAGGAGUUCUCAUCUGAGAUCUGCUGUGGCUCUUUGUGGGGAGUCAAUUUGUUGCUGGGCACCCGAUCUAAUCUGUACCUGAUGGACAGAAGUGGAAAGGCAGACAUCAUUAAACUUAUAAAGCGAAGACCAUUCCGCCAGAUUCAAGUCGUGGAGCCACUCAAUUUGCUGAUUACCAUCUCUGGCCGCAAGAACAGACUUCGCGUGUAUCAUUUGACUUGGCUGAGGAACAAGAUUCUGAAUAAUGAUCCCGAAAGUAAGAAAAGGCAGAAGGAAAUGCUGAAGAAAGAGGAAGCUUGUAAAGCUAUUGAUAAGCUGACUGGCUGUGAACACUUCAGUGUCCUUCAACAUGAAGAAACAACAUAUAUCGCAGUUGCUUUGAAAUCAUCAAUUCACCUUUUUGCAUGGGCACCAAAAUCCUUUGAUGAAAGCACUGCUAUUAAAGUGUUUCCAACUCUUGAUCUUAAGCCAGUGACAGUUGAUCUGGCUAUUGGUUCCGAGAAAACACUGAAGAUUUUCUUCAGCUCAGCUAAUGGAUAUCACAUCAUUGAUGCAGAAUCUGAAGUUAUGUCUGAUGUGACCUUGCCAAAUAACAAUAUCAUCAUUUUACCUAAUUGCUUGGGAAUUGGCGUGAUGCUCACCUUCAACGCUGAAGGUGUCUCUGAGGAAGCCAAUGAACAACUCUUCAAGAAGAUCCUUGAAGUCUGGAAAGACAUACCAUCUUCUGUAGCUUUUGAGUGUACACAGAGAAUCACCGGGUGGGACCAAAAGGCUAUUGAAGCGCGGUCCCUGCAGUCCACUAUUCUCGAGAAUGAGCUGAAGCGCAGGUCAAUCAAGAAACUGCGAUUCCUGUGUACCCGUGGUGACAAGCUGUUCUUCACUUCUACACUGAGCAAUCACCACAGCCGGGUUUACUUUAUGACCCUUGGAAAACUUGAAGAGCUCCACAAACACUAUGCUGCUUAA